AGCUAUUGUACAUGGGGGGGGAGGAGGAUAAAAAAUGUACAAAAUCCAGUCAGGCCAUGAAUAAUUUUAUCGAAAAGUGCAUUUAUAGUCCAACACAAAUAUCACUAAAAUCUUAAAGGAGAACUGUAGAAAAGACUGUUUCAGUGAGAACAUUGACAACGCAUCUGAAAAAUAGGGGUAUUAUCAAAAUAUGAAUCAUCCCAAUAAGUAGUGAAGUGAGGCUGUAUCCAGGUUAAUGUCUGAGAUUGGGAUCAGAACUAAUCUCUAAAAAGUCUGACUCCAGCCACCCAUGAACUUUGCGAUCUGUCCAUUUGAGAUAUUCCACUCAAUAUUGUAGUGCCCUUUGGCAUCAGUAUGUGGCAUUUGUGGGAGGAAGAGUGGGCUUCAUCUCUAGCCCAGUUGGCCACUUCGGUCCUACAAUGGCCUAUUUCUGUCUUCAUCUCCCAUGGCCCAGCCUUGCAGCCAAGUCAUCUCUUUGCAGUUCUUUGUCCUUCCAGCUAACAAAUCAACACCAACUCCCACACAGAGCUCUGGCAAUGUUCUCUCUCUCUAUAGUCCUCCCUGACGUUUUCCCAGCUGGGAUCAUUAAUGGUGAUUAACCUACCAGAUCAUGAUCUGCAGAGGAUUAACUGCUAGGUAACAGGCAAGGCAGAGGCUGACUCUCCUUAAAGGGCAUGCCAGCCUGUAGCAGGCCAUUACAGAGAUGAUGGGGCCAGUCUUGUUCUCUUGGUCCCUUUGUCUUGAGUUCCCAUUCAUUGCCUCUCCAUACCCAGGGUGCCACCUCUCUGCUCCCAUCUGGCUGACCUUCAGUCUCCACCUCCUUCACCUGUUUGUGUCUUGGUGACCCUUCCACUUUUGCUAUGUGAACUAUGAAGUCAACAGAUGGAGCCACAACCCAAGAUUCCAGACCAGGCGAAAAACGGGGAAUUGCAUUUCUGCUGUGACCCGCAAGCACAGAAGCAGUUAGUAACGCACACAGUGAUCUGGGGAGAGCUGAUGACUGACGGAGUGUGGGUAUAGCAAGGUCCCCAGACAGCAAGACCAUUGCAAGGUUAGGAGCAUUGGUUGAGCCUCUCUCAUGAUGCACCACUAAUGACUUGCCACCCAAAGUAGACAGAGGAGCGAAUGAAUUGGGGCAUGACUACACAGGGACCACACCCUGUAUCCAGCUGCCAUGUUCCUGCAAGGACUGCGGCUCUACAGGAAGUGGUGCCGUUUCUCCAGCCCCAUUACUCAGCUCCUUAUUUUGACUGUGGUAACGUUUGGCGUGUUGGCUCCUUUGAUUUGCCACCGGCUCCUCCACUCCUAUUUUUACUUACGACGCUGGCAUCUGGAUCCCAUGAGUCAGGAGUUCAUGAAGCAGAACCAGGAGGAAGGCCAGGCUGCCCUCCGUUACUUUGAGGACCUGCAGACUCCUAACUCCUCGAAGCUCUCAGCUGGCAUGCCCAUCAGACCAUGGCUACUCGUCACCAUUGUCACUGUGCAGAGGCGGAAAGAAUUCCACUACGUCCUGCAGGUGGCUUCCCGCUUCCAUCGCCUCCUCCAGCAGUGUGGCCCUCACUGCCAGAACUACCAGAUCUUUCUCUGUAAUGUAGAGCAGGACCCAGGCAGCUACCAGGACGCCACACUGCUGGGCACCCACUUUGCAAUGGUCAGCCGCUACAAAAACUGGGAGGAUCCUGACACCUCUGUGAAUCAGUUUGAGAAGGAGAAGCGGGAUUAUGCCUUCUGCUUGGAGCAGUCGCUGUUGGCCUACAAUCCAGAGUACCUCCUUGUGGUGGAAGAUGAUGCUGUUCCCGAGGAGGAGCUAUUCCCUGUCCUGCAUCACCUGCUGCUGGCACGGCUCUCCAAGCCACACCUCAAAGAUGCCCUCUACUUGAAGCUGUACCACCCUGAGCGGCUUCAGCAUUAUAUCAACCCAGAGCCCAUGAGGAUCCUGGAGUGGCUUGGCCUGGGCAUGUUUCUGGGCCCCCUGCUGAGCAUUGUGUACUCCUGGGCGUCGGGCCGCCCAAGACUUACCUGGCCCAUUGUCCUUUUCUUUGCCUUAUACAGCAUGGGACUAGCAGAGCUGGUGGGGCGCCACUACUUGCUGGAACUGCGCCGGCUAGCCCCCGAACUCUACAACGUGGUGCCAGUCACCGAGUGCUGCAUGCCUGCCAUGCUGUUCUCUGCGCCUUCAGCCCGCCGUGUCUUAGGUUACCUUCAGGGGCUGCAGUGCCGUCGGGGCUUUGCCAAGGACACUGCACUCUACUCGCUGCUGCGCACCAAGGGUGAGAGGGCCUACGUGGUGGAGCCCAAUCUGGUCAAACACGUGGGGAUGUUUUCCAGCCUCAGGUCGAAUGACAACCCUAAGCUACUGUAACCCACCAAGAAAUGCCUUUUUGGAAAGACUGGGAGCCAAGGGAGCCUUGUUCUUGGAGAUAACAUCUGAGCCACAACAGAUCCAUACCGCCCCUUGCAACUGUGCUCAGUGCUAUUAGCACCACUUAGUGGUGGGAAAGGAACUUUUUUCAAAGUGUACUUAAACCUAUAGUUACAUUAUUGAUUUCAUAAUGACCUUAGAAAGGAAAAGGAGGAUGGAAGAGGAAGGGGAGCGUUUACUACUAUCCUUUUUCAUGGCUGGGAGGGGAAUGUUUGAUGUUAGCUGAUUAAAAUAUGACUAGGUAGAUCAUUGGUGCUACCACUGUUAUAUAAUUGCAACGAUUCUUAUAUAAAAUGUCUAUUUAAGUGUCUAGAGAGAAGCUGUGAUUUGCUGAAUGAUUAUUUGUAUGCAUGGAUCGUUUUUGGCUCAAUACCUGAAUUUCAAAUGUUUGCUUCUUUGGUAACAUCUACAAGAUAUUUAGCCUGCACACCUUAAAGGGACUAUUUAAGUUAAAUGGCUCACCAAAGAACAAAAACUCACAAUAGACCCUGGGAGACACCUAUCUACAUUUAAUGAACUUUCCAGUGAUGGCUUCUACUAACACUAAGCAAAGGAUACAUGAAUAUUUGACUUGCCCACGUGACUCCAAACACCAUCUUGUUCCUGUAAUUUUCCACAGUGAAGAAAUGGGAUUUCCUCCACUUGGCAGAAGCUAUAAAAAAAAACACUUUGGAAAUUACUCCCUUUUGCCUCUUUUCUACUUAAUCCUUUGGGGUAUGGAUUUACACUAAUGGGAACAUUCUGAGCAAUGGACUAAGGGCCUUCCAGUGAUUUGGAAGCAAUCAGAGACUUAACAAGACAGCAGUUAAUUCCAUCACUGCUACAAGCCCGAUCCAAGAACUUUGCAACUACUGAAUGUACUUGAUUCUUUUAGGAAAAUUUUAUCUUUCACUUUUCUUAUUUAUAAAUAAAUCUUUAGAUAUUAGA